UUUCUAAAAGAAACCUAACUUUUUUUCUCAAUAUUUUCCUUCUUCCCCGAUUUUCUUCUUCUAGAUUUUCUCCAAACUCACAUAGCUCCAGUCGUUCGUUCGUGCGCUACCACCAAAGCUUCAAUCAACCGUUUGGACACCACAUCUGAGCUUAAGUCCAUUCCGUUCUUUCCAAAUGUGCGUCAAUCGUGCGCUCCAAUCAUCUGCUUCACGUUAUCGUCUGGAGAUCGGAGACACAUCAAUUUUUUUCUCUUCUUAUCUCACUUUCUGCUGCAUCAAACCCUAAGCCCUCUCUUCACUCUCUUCUAGUUCUCUCCGAUCUUCAACGUUCGGCCCCUCCCCUCCGAUCAGACGACGCCGGCGACUGCCGCUCACCCUCUUCUAGACGACGCCGACGAUUGUAUCUCCGAUUAGACCAGCCGCACUCGCCCUUCGUUUUGGUCUCGGUUUAAAGGUUUUUACUCUUUUGUUUUCGUUCUUUUUUCUGUAUCAAUGUUUGAGGAAUGUUUCAACUGGUUUGAUGGAACACACACAUAUGUAUAUGCUUAUUUAUUCGUUACUUCAUAUUGUGAUGGAACUGCUGCCACCGAUCGUGUUUUUGUUUGGGUCAUCUAUGCAGUCUCGUGGGGAAGUUGGUGGAACGUCGUCACCAGAAAAUGUCAGAAGAGAGAUUUUGGAGCUUGAGUUCCCUGAUGAUGGUUACAAUUAUUUGCUGUAUCUUCGGGUGAUUAGGAAUACUGGUAAUGGUUCGACAUCUUAUCAGAACCCCAAGGCCAAGCUGAAUCAUGUUCCACUCGAUGAGAAGGCUUAUUACGCCUCAAGAAUGAUUGUUUCUAAAGUGAACUUUGAUGCCAAUGAGAACGUAUACGAAGCUGCAUCCAAGAUUGUUGGAGUCAGGGUUCAAAAUGUUGUUGACCUUGAAAUAGCUGCCCUUCUUGAUGACGAUGAUUUAUUGCGGUUUGGUUCUGAUGUGACGAUGAUUUAUUGCGAUUUGGUUCUGAUGCCUUUUUCUAUGUCGUUCAUGAUCUCUAGCUUUAUUCUGGAGCACUUUGGGCUGCUAUAGGUUCCAAUAAGUAUUAGAUUGAUACAAGGACUUCAUACAGUCAACUCGAGUUGGAUGAAGUGCGAAUGGAGCUUGCUGAUUUUUUGGAUGCUCACAUGUAAUUAUGGUGAUAGCUAAGUUCUUUUGGGUUAGAUAGAGAAGUUUUGUUGAUACUGGAUAUAGUUGAACUCGUUUUGUUGGUAUUGGAUAUAGGUAAAAGACAAGUUUUGAUAUGGUACACCUUUAGGCUGAACAUAUAUUUUGUUUAUAUAUUGACAUUGAUGGAAAGUUUAGGCUAUUGUUAGAUAUUUGAUCUACACAUAUAUAUGUUGUAAUUAACUAUGUAAUCACCAACUUAUAUAUGGUUCAUUUGAUAUACAUAUGCAAUUUCUUUGAUGUGUA